AUGCUGAAUGAAGAAAAGCUAGGGGAGGAAAAUGACUUGGAUAAAUUCAAUAAUGAUGUUAAUGAAGAUAUUAUAAAAGAUGAUGUUAAUAAAAGUAAGGAAAAGAAAAAAAAAAAAGUUCAAUUUUCUAAUAACAAUGAAACGAUAUAUUAUGAGAAAGAUGAAAGUGAAAAUAGUUAUUUUAAUUUUACUUUAAACAAUUUUAAUUAUUUUGAAUGUUUUUAUAAUGAUAUAUAUGGUGAUCAUUUCAAUGAUCAAAUUAUAAGAAAUAAUCAAUAUAAUGAAAAUAAUGGUGAUGAAGAAGAUGGCGAUGAUGAAGAAGAUGGCGAUGAUGAAGAAGAUGGCGAUGAUGAAGAUGAUGAUGAUGAAGAAGAUGAUGAUGACGAAGAUGGUGAUGACCAGAAUGAUAAGGGUGAAAAUAUCGAAAAUAAUAUUAAUGAUGAAGAUAAUAAAUCAGAAGAAAUAAACCAUAAAAAUAAUAACUGUAAUAAUAAUAAAAAUAAUAAUUGUAGUAAUAAUAAAAAUACCAUAUUGAAUGGAAUUAACAAUAUAAAUAAUAAUGAUAAUAAUAAUAAUACAACUAAUUUAAAAAAGAAAAAGAAGAAGAAGAAAAAAAAAAAUAUAGACCAUUCUAUAUAUAAUAACGAACAAGUUUCAAAAAAUAUGGUAUCAUUAAAAAAAAGUGGUAAUAAUAAGAAUAAUAUUGAUGAUUUAAAAAGUGGGAAAAAAAAUUGCUUAUUAUCUAAUAUUUUCAUAUCACAUGAUGAAAAUAACAAUUUAAAAAAAAAAAAAAAAAAUGUAGGAAACAUAACAAAUGACAAUUUUAAAAGGGAAAAAUUUCAUCAAUCAUUUAAUGAAGAUCCUUCCUUCGAAAUUAAUAAUAUACACACAGCAAUAUUAAAUGCUGAAGAAAGGACUAUACAUUAUAGUAAAGAUUAUUUUGGUUAUGACAUUGAACCAUUUAAUAUGAAAAAUGAAUUGACACAAGGAUAUAUAGAUAAAGAUGGUAAUUAUAUUUAUAAUGAAUCCGAUAAUGAUGAAGUUGAAGAGGCAUGGUUAAAAUCUGUGGAUGAACAAGAUCCUCUUUCAACAUUUUCGAAUAAUACAUUACAAGCUCAAAAAUUUCAAGAAACACAAUCCAAAUUUCAUAUGACAUAUGAUAAAUUAAAUAAUAAUAUAUUAUCUAUUAAUAUAUUUGAUGCUUUAUAUUCAUUAUCAUGUUUAUUAAUAGAUGAAAAAGAGACACCUAUUAAAGCUAUGAUCAGAUAUAAAAAUGAUUUAAAAGUUUGUAAAAAUUAUCUUAACCAAUAUGAAAGCAAGAUAGAUAAAAUUAAUUCCCUUUCUAUAAAUUCAAAUGCUGAACAAAAGAUUCAAUCCACAGAAGAGCAUGAGCAAAAUGGGGAAACUCUACAAACAGAUUCUGUAGGUAAGAAAAAUUUAUUGCAGGUCCGUAUUAGGGCUAAAUCAUCAAUCCAGCAUGGAGAAGAAAACCUUAAUGUGGUAAAAAAAAAUGAUGAGGUAGAAAAAAAUGAUGAGGUAGAAAAAAAUGAUGAGGUAGAAAAAAAUGAUGAGGUAGAAAAAAAUGAUGAGGUAGAAAAAAAUGAUGAGGUAGAAAAAAAUGAUGAGGUAGAAAAAAAUGAUGAGGUAGAAAAAAAUGAUGAGGUAGAAAGAAAUGAUGAGGUAGAAAGAAAUGAUAUGGCAGAAAGAAAUGAUAUGUCAGAAAGAAAUGAUAUGGCAGAAAGAAAUGAUAUGGCAGAAAAAAAUAACGAUGAUGUAAAAGUCCCAGAAAAUAAUUUGAUAGAGGCCCCCAUGGACAAAGAACAUAUAAUGAUAAACAAUUCAGAAGAGGAAUCAAUAGGUAAUAAUAAAAAAUCAGAGGAGCAGAAGAAUUACAAUCUGUAUAAUGAUGAUGAUGAAAAAAAAAAUAUUGUACAUAAUGAGAGGUUAGAAGAAUUAGAGAACUUAAAACAAAUGUAUCAAAAGAUUACUCUUGAUUAUAAAACUAUAGAAAGACGGUUCAAUAACCUAAUAGAUUUAACACAAAAGUUAACAAAUGAAUAUAAAAAUGUGUACUUUUUAACAAAACGCGAAUUCGAAGCAUUAUGUAAGAAACUUGAAGAAUAUAAAGAAAACGUAGACAUACAUUGGCAACUGAAAUGGAUGAAUGGUGUUGAUAAUAAUGUAUAUGGUCCUUAUAAUUAUUAUGAUAUAUAUAAUUUUAUAACAACUGGAUUGGUAACCGUUCUAAAUCCUAUACUUCUAAGAAGAAUAAAUAAUAAAAAUGAAGUAUUAGAAAAUAUAUGGCAAAUGUAUGAUGCUGUUAAUUAUUUAAUAUUUGUUACUAAUGAUAAUAUUAAAAAGAAGAGAAAGCAUGAUGGUCUAAUUAGUAAAAACAAGGACCAAGAUUCUGAUAACAAUGAAGAAGAUAAUGAAAAUAAUAAAAACACUGAUGUUGAUGGUGAUGGUGAUGAUGAUGAUGAUGAUAACGAUGACGAGAAUGAUAACGAUGACGAGAAUGAUUAUGAUUUACUCAAUAAAAAAAAAAAAAAGAAAAAAGGAUUAAUACAAAUAUCAAAAAAAAAAAAAAAAAAAAAAAAAGAACAUUAUGAAGAAAAUAAUAUUUUUAAUGAUAAUAAUAAUAAUCAAGGCAAUUCUUCGAACAAUGAAGAACAUAGUGAUAAUGAGGACUAUUAUGAUAAUGGAUAUGAAUUUUAA